AUGAACGCAGCUCAAGCGCCUUCGCAGAAUAAGCGGCCACCGGAGAAGGGAUCAUUUCCUCUUGAUCAUUAUGGUGAGUGCAAACCAGCCAUGAAGGAAUUUUUGGCUUGCAUGCGUAAGCACGGAAAUAGCCAUAUUGAUUGCAAGCAACUCUCAGCGUCCUACUUACAAUGCCGUAUGGAUAAGGGUUUGAUGCAAUCCGAAGAGCUGGAAAAGUUAGGAUUUCAUGAGGAAGGCAUGAAGAAGACGUGGAAGGAUAAAACGAAUGAGGGAAGAAAAGAAGGCGAGGGUUUUGUGGCAGGUUUGGGCAUUAAAAAAGGUCGCUACGAAAAAGGUGGAUUUAAGGAUUGUCCUUUCAGUCUAAAGGAAGGUCAGUCUGUAGUUGCAAGUAGCUUCGCAAGCAAUGUUUAUUCACCCAGUAUCGCAAAUUAUAGCAACAACAAAAAAGCCGAAUCGAAUAAAGACCGCAGAAAAAAGAUGAAGGCAUUGAAAUCGAUGUCGUGGUCUUUCACAGCGAUAGUUUACUUAUUAACUCCCUCACUGUGA